AUGAAGUGCACUGGAAACGGAACUGGCCCGGACGGUAUCGCCUAUCCUGGCUCCAGCGGCAUCAAUGUCAUUGUCAUUGGACUUGGUUAUGCCGGUGUGACUGCGGCGAUUGAAUGCCAUCGGAAAGGUCACGGAGUUUCGAUAUAUGAGCAGACACCAGGCGUUUCAGUAUUGGGCGAUAUGAUCGGACUUUCCCCCAAUUCUGCCAGAAUCAUCGCAAAAUGGGACGGAGGCAGGAUCCACGAGCAAAUCAUUCCACAUGCAGGUCAGUACGUCGAGAAUAAUAUUCACAAGCACGACACCGGCGAGAUCCUGUUCAGUCAACCAAUGUCUGGGUACACGGAUUUCCAAAGCUAUCUCGCUCCAAGGCCUGUGCUCAUGAAGCUAUUUGCGGACUACUGCCGAAAACUCGGAAUACCUAUCUUCUUUGGACACAGAGUGAUUGAUGUUUUCGAAGAUGAGAACGAGGCGGGGAUCAUCCUUGAAGGAAGUGGUACGAGGAUCAAGGCGGAUUGUGUACUUGCCUGCGACGGAAUCCAUUCGAAAGCCCGGGGUACCAUCACUGGCUGGCAGGACCGGCCUUAUCCAACGGGCUAUGCAGCCUACCGCGCCUGGUAUGAUGCUGAUCUCAUUCGCGACAAUCCAAAGCUCCAGUUUCUAUUCCAAGGUGACUAUGACAAAAUGGAAGUCUUCAUUGGGCCCAAUAUGCAUGCCAUUUUCGGGACUUGCUCUCAACAAAAGCUCAUUACGUGGACCGUCACCCAUAAAGACACUUUUGACGUUACCGAAUCAUGGACCCAACUAGGUAAGAUCGAGGACGCCAUGAAUUACAUCAAAGGCUGGGACUCAAGGAUACACGAAGUCAUCAAGCACACACCUGCAAACCAGAUCUUCGACCAUAAACUAGCCUGGCGAAACCCGUUACCCAGAUGGACGUCAAAAUACAAUCGGAUGAUCGUAUUGGGAGAUGCAGCGCACCCUUUUCUGCCGACUUCUGGCCAAGGGGCAGGUCAAGCAGUUGAAGACUGUGCGACUAUCGCCAUCUGCUUGGAACUGGCAGGGAAGAAGAGAGUUCCACUCGCACUGCAAGUCUGCGAAAAGCUCAGGCAUGCCAGAGCAUCUUUGGCACAGAAGAUGGGCAUUGAAACCCGCGACCUGUGGCACAAAACCGACUGGGAGGUGGUAAAGUCGCAGCCAGAAACGGUUUCCAUGCCAAAUCCUGCCUGGCUCUUUGCACACAGUCCUCAAAAAUACGCCUACGACGAGUUUGAUAUAGCGGCUCACGCUGUCGAAACUGGUUCGACUUAUGUGCCAAUUAACGUGCCGCCGCCCGAAGUGAACCACCGCAUCAGCGACUUCAAGGAUGCACCGAGUGACAAGUUGUUCAAUGGAACUGCCACUCUGCAGGCGAAGAUCUAG